AUGAGUGAAUCAAAUGAAGUUGACAUGGCUGCUAUGAAGCCUAUUCCAUACACUUUAUAUUAUGGUACAUUUAUACAUACCCCUAAUUUAGGAGAAUUGAAGGUGUGUCUUAAAACUUUGGUCGGAGUCAAUAAACUGGGAACAAUUGACUACAUUCAUGAGAAUUACGAUCAUGAUGGGCAAUCGGCUCUCGAAUUUUUUAAACAGGAAUUUAAGAAACAGGGGAACCAACUCGAUCCAAGCGAGUUGCACUAUGUCGACAUUUCUGAUGAUGCUACGAAGUUCUUCUGUCCGGGGUUUGUUGAUACCCAUAUCCACGCAUCACAGUACCCAAAUGUAGGUAUUGGGUUGGGGUGCCAAUUAUUGGAUUGGUUAAAAAAUUACACAUACAAGUUAGAAAACGGAUUUACUAACCCAAAAGAUGAAGAAUGCAUGAAGUUUGCUUAUGAUGUAUACCAUAAGAUCAUUAAGAAGACCCUAGAAAAUGGUACUACUUGUGCUUCAUACUUUACCACCAUAGAUCCUCAUACUACGAUGUUAUUUGCCCGUUUACUCUUAAAACUUGGACAGAGAGGGUUUGUAGGAAAGGUGUGUAUGGACUCGAAUGAUGUCUUCGAAACUUACCAAGAAGAUCACGAUGAUUGUGUAAAAUCUAUGGAAUUAAUCACCUCAUACUACGAGAAUACCAACCCAAAAGGCGAACAAUUGAUAAAACCUAUUGUUACGCCUAGAUUCGCCCCUGUUUGUUCACUGGGGUUAUUAGAAUAUUUAGGUUCAUUAGCUGCCACCAAGGAAUUGUCUAUUCAAACACACAUUAGCGAAAGUCACAACGAGAUUGAAUUAGUUGCAAAGUUAUUUCCAGAAUUUGACAAUUACGCCUCAGUAUACGAUAACUUUAAGCUAUUGAACUCGUCUACAAUAUUAGCUCACGGAAUUCACUUAAAUGAGAAAGAACGGAAAUUAAUUAAAAGUAGAAACUGUUCUAUUUCUCAUUGUCCUACAUCAAAUACGUUUAUUGCCAGUGGGGAAGCCCCAGUUAAAAAGUACUUGUAUGAAGACAAAAUAAAUGUGUCAGUAGGAUCAGAUGUUUCUGGAGGAUACAGUCCGUCGAUUUUGGAAGUAAUCAAACAAACAAUCUUGGUAUCGCAUCAUCUCUCAAUUAAAACGAGGAAUGAAACAGCAUCUGACCCAAAGCUUUCCGUGGCCGAUGCGAUUUACAUGGCAACUCAGGCUGGUGCAAAAGCAGUGGGUUUAGAUAAUAUAAUCGGCUCGUUUGACAUAGGCAAGAGAUGGGAUGCUCAGUUGAUCAACUUGAACUCUGCUAAUUCUAAUAUCGAUAUUUUCCCUUGCAACGUGCCUGACUUGAAGAAUAUCAAUAAAGACACAGAAACUGGCAUACAUAAUUUGUUGGGAAAAUGGAUCUUUUGUGGUGAUGAUAGAAAUUGCGUUAUGGUUUGGUGUAAUGGAAGACUUGUGAUCAACAAGUAG